AUGUUUUUUUGGGCUGAUGGAAGAUCACGAGAGGCAUAUACUAAAUUUGGGGACGUCGUUGUGUUUGAUGUCACAUACAUGACCAACAAAUUUAAGAUGCCAUUUUCUCCAUUUAUUGGUGUGAACCAUCAUGGUCAGUUUAUAUUGUUUGGUGGUACAUUGUUAGAAAAUGAAAAAGAAGAAACUUUUCGAUGGCUAUUUGAGCAUUUCUUAAACUGCAUGUUUCGCAAGUAUUCGGUGGCAAUGAUAACAGACCAGGAUAAAGCUAUGGGUAAUGCAAUCAAGAAAGUGUUUCCAAACACCCGUCAUCGCUAUUGUGCAUGGCACAUUAAGAAGCAUGAAUUAGAACAUCUUCGGCCACUUAUAGCCCGUUAUAGUGAUUUUAAAGAAUCUUAUAGACAGUGGGUAAAGAGUGAUACAACCGAAGAAUUUGAAACCAAUUGGGAAGUUUUACGUGGUAAGUAUAACAUCGAAACUAACAGUUGGAUAACCGAUAUGUAUAACCAACGAAUACACUGGGCCAAAGCUUUCUUGAAAGAUGUUUUCUUUGCUGGUAUGACUAUGAGUGGAAGAAGCGAUAGCAUUCAUUCAUUUUUUGAUGGAUUUGUUAAUUCCAAGACCAUGUUGAAUGAAUUUGUACUCCAAUAUAAUAAAGCAGUUGACUCUCGAAGGGCCGCCGAAGAAGAUGAAGACUUUAAGACCAUGAACUCCAGUCCAAUCCUUUCUUCUGUUCAUCCGAUAGAAGCAAAAGCAGGCCAGUUUUAUACGAGAAAUUUUUUUGAGGUAUUCAAAAAAGAAUGGAUAGAAGCUAAUUGUAAUUUAACUCAUGAGACUUUAAGUAAAACCACAAAAGAAAUCAAAUAUAGGGUUGGGAAAAUGGAUAUUGAUAAAAGACAUUGGAGAAUUGUUAUCUUUCAUUUUAUGGAUCAUGUGAAUGUCACGUGUUCAUGUGCUAAGUAUGAAACAUAUGGAAUAUUAUGUAAGCAUAGCCUUUACGUGAUGAAGAAAAGACAUGUUGAAAAUCUUCCUGAUCACUAUAUUUUACCAAGGUGGAAACUUAGCGCUAGGUAUAAGGUGGGUACUGAAAGCAUUGGACUCGAAGAUGUGAAUUGUGAAAAUGGAGUUAGUGCCUUAACUUUAUGGUGUGUUCGUUCAAAUUGUGAUAAAGCAAUCGAACAAGCAAGUGACUCCCUUACAGAGAUAGAAAAAUUCAAUAGUUUCGUGAUAAAGUUUUUAGAAGAUCAAAAGAUUCGGAAAAAGCCUAAAGCAUUUGAGAAUGUGUCUCAAGAUCGUUACAUGGGAAUUUCUCAAGUAAAUAUAAUGCCUCAAUUAUCUGUAUCUGUCCGGGAUCCUAUUGCUCCGACAAAUACGAAAGGGCGUCCUAAAAAUGCAACUAGAAUUAAGUCUUCUUUACAGAACGUGAAGAAAAAGAGAACAUGUUCUUACUGCCAAGGACUAGGUCAUUACGCCACUGGUUGUCCAAAAAGAAAGGUGGAUGAAUCUGUAGCAGAAAAACAGUGA